AUGGAUAAUAACAAUAAAUUACAAAUAACAAUAAGUGCUUUUGGGAAAUUUGGGAAUGUAGUUACUAAUCCUACAAGUGUUAUUGUGUCUGAGUUUACGGAGGAAUUUAAAACAAAAUAUAACAUCAUUCGUUCUGAAGUAUUAGAAGUUUCUACAGUGGCUUGUGAAUAAUAUGUGAAUAAUCUGCCUGAUCAUACUUUGAAUAUUCAUUUUGGAGUUUAUGAUGGAUCAUAGGUAUUUAACAUAGAACAAUGUGGUUACAAUUUAAAGGAUUUUGGAAUUCCUGAUAUGAAAGGAUACCUAGCUCAUAAUGAAUGCAUCGAGAAGGAUUGCGAAAAAGAUCAUUGCAGACAAACUAAAUUAAAUACUGAAUUGUUAGCGGAGAAAUUAGGAAAUAAAUUUCCUGUUGAAGAAUCUACAGAUCCAGGGAGAUAUAUUUGUAACUUCAUUUAUUAUUGUUCUUUAUUAAAAAGUCACGGUUGCCCAAAAUCAGCUUGCUUAUUUGUUCAUUUUCCUGCAUUUCGUACUAUUCCGAAGGAGAUAUAAGUUAAUUUUGUUGAGAAUCUAUUGAAAACACUUCAUGAGUUGCAUUAGAGUGGUCAUUUGUAUAAAUGA